AUGUCAAAAAAGAUACAACCCUUUCACAUUGAUCCCAUUCCCUCCCCGAAAGGAAAUAAGCAAAGACCUGUCGCCGAGGAAGAAGACGAAGAGGGGGAAGAAAGCGAGUUUGACCUCGUCGACGUGAUGAACAGCAUGACGCCAGCAGAACGGCGUGAGGUCUACGCCCUGCGCGGGCUCUGGGAAAGUUAUAAAACGCUCCGAAAGGAACUCCGCGAGCAGAUUGGGGCUCUGAAGGUCGCGAACGCGCAGGCUCGCAAUGAAAUCUUUGCAAAACGCCAGGCGAUUGUGACGGGUACACGGGACAUUACCCCAGAGGAGCUGCAGGAUGUUAAGCUUAAUGCAAAUACAGAGGAAAAGGCGGAAGAGGAGGAAAAGGAGGAUGGGGUUGAGUUGUCUUCCUCGUCUAAAGCCCAGGCUGGAAAAAGUGUUAAAGUUGUCGCGCCGAGCGAUCAGGCAGCUAAAAAAUUACUGGAGGCUGCCGCCGAAGACCCGAACGGUGGAAUUCCGAACUUUUGGCUAACGGCGAUGUGCAAUUUGGAUACCAUAGAGAAUAUGAUUACGGAGCGCGAUCGCCCUGCGCUUUCCUUUCUCACGGAUAUCUCAACCGAGUACCUCGACAAAGAUCCACACAAAGGGGUAAGACUCGUGUUUAGUUUUGCACCGAAUGAGUACUUCAAGAAUUCCACCCUUGUCAAGACGUACCGAAUGUCUUUUAACGAGGAAGAGGGUGAGCUAGAGGUGGAGAAGAUCGAGGGCUGUGAUAUUGAGUGGGCCUCCAAGGCAAACAACCUCACAGUUACCAUUAAGGAAAAGAAGCAGCGGAAUAAGAAGACAAAUCAAAUCCGCAUCGUGGAACGCGAGGAACCUUGUAUGUCGUUUUUUAACUUCUUCACAGCACCAAAGGAGGAAGGCGAGGACGAUGACAACGAUGAAGACAGUACGGAUCAUGAGGAAGAGUGGGAGAUGGAUAUGGAGGCAGGGCAAGAGCUGAUGGAGCAGAUCGUACCGAAGGCAGUGUUUUUCUAUACCGGGAAAUCCGUGGAUGAGGUCGCAGCAAUGCUGCACAGCCAUUACGGAGACAUGGAUGGAGAGGAUGAAGAUGAGGAUGAGGAUGAAGAAGAAGAAGAAAAGGAUAAUCUAAAGAGGGUUGGUAGAUUCUCAGGAGUUCAAAAUUUUUCACGCGGCGGUGGUAGUGAUGGUGCUGGGAGUCGCGGAAGGGGUGGAUCCACUUCAAAGCCAGGGGAAUGCAAACAACAGUAA